UGUACGCGUGUACAUGCUUUCAUGGUCCCUUAUUACUAGUGUUACGUUGAAUUUUCAUCCCCAUUCACUACGUUUUCUCCUCUCUUCUCUUCUCUUCUCUUCUCUAACCCCUUCAUCUUUCUUUCUCUUCUUCACCUUCUUCUAAUCUCAGGUAACAUUCGAAGUGGUUUCAUUUGAAGCAAUUUGAUUGUCAUUAAAACAUACUUUUCUGAUACAUUAAUCCGCCAUGACCUGUUUCCCUUUCUCAUUCAAGAAGACGUCGACUAUUUCGAAACAUAAUCUAGACAACGACGAAGAUAUUUCGGGCAUUCAUAAUGUUAAAAUCUAUACCUAUAAAGAACUAAGAAAGGCGACGGAUGACUUUAGUCAGGCCAAUAAAAUCGGAGAGGGUGGUUUCGGUUCUGUCUACAUGGGUCGUCUUAAAGGGGGAAAACUUGCUGCUAUAAAAGUUCUUUCGGCCGAAUCAAGACAAGGGGUGAAGGAAUUCUUGACGGAGAUUAAUGUGAUCUCCGAAAUCCAGCAUGAAAAUUUGGUUAAGUUAUAUGGUUGUUGUGUGGAAAGAAACAACAGGAUAUUAGUCUACAAUUACCUUGAGAAUAACAGUCUUUCGCGAACUCUUCUAGGUGGAAGUCACAAUAGUAUCUACUUUGAUUGGGGAACACGGUGUAGAAUAUGUGUUGGUGUUGCAAGCGGACUCGCAUUUCUUCAUGAAGAAGUUAGGCCUCCUAUCAUUCAUAGGGAUAUAAAAGCAAGCAAUAUUCUUCUUGAUAAAGAUCUUACACCCAAGAUUUCCGAUUUUGGUCUUGCAAAGCUUAUGCCUGCAAACGCAACUCAUGUCAGCACGCGUGUAGCAGGAACAUUAGGUUAUUUGGCACCAGAGUAUGCAAUCGGAGGAAGACUUACACGAAAAGCGGACAUUUACAGUUUCGGUGUCCUCCUUGUGGAGAUUGUCAGUGGAAGAUGUAACACGAAUUCGCGACUUCCAAUAGAAGAACAAUUCAUUCUAGAGAGGACAUGGGAACUUUACGAGCGAAAGGAACUAGUUGCACUGGUAGAUACAUCGCUAAACGGAGAAUUUGACGCCGAGCAGGCCUGUAAAUUUCUGAAGAUUGGCCUUCUUUGCACUCAAGAAUCUCCAAAGUGUCGUCCGUCCAUGUCUUCUGUGGUCAAGAUGCUUACCGGAGAAAUGGAUGUUAAUGACAGUACGCUGACAAAACCGGCUUUAAUUUCCGAUUUUAUGGACCUCAAAGUCAGAAAGAAUCAAGAAAGUACUACAAUGGAUUUGAAGACUUCAUCUUCUUCAUACAAUACAUUCUCUACCUCGGAGCAACAGGACUCUACCAUUACAUCAGCUGCAACUGCACAAUAUGAUCACAGCAUGUAAACAUUAGUUCACAAUGUUUUGUCCUUUGAUUUGAAAAAUUGUUUCAUUUUCCUUGCUUGUGUAUCUCAUGUAAAUUUUGCAAUAUUUUGAACUUAUUUGAGUUUGUUUUUUAUGUAAAUAUGGAUCAGGCUUGUAUUUAAUGAGUAAUUUGAAGAUAUUUUUUGGUUU